GAACAUUAUCCUUUUGGAACUUUGCUUUCCCAUCAAUAUGUCUGUCCAAGGACUCCAUGUAGGAACAUUUUCCGUGAUAGUACUUGUUGCACUAUGCUCAUGCCGACCUGUGGUCGGUUCAUCACUCCUUGAAUGGAUGGGUAUAAGCAGCGGGUCAGACACCACUGGGAAUGAAGUUACUGUCCAGGAUGGCACUCCUCUUCUAAAAGUCCCCUUUGAGGAGGCAUCACCAGAGGACAAAUUUUUAAGAGAAGCUGAAAAACUAGUUGGUUUAAAAACAUCACAGUUGGACACAUGCCAACAUAAGGUUGUAAUGAAGAUUCAGUCAUCUUGUGCCUCUAUAUCAGAGGAAGAGUUAGCAAAGUUAAGUGUCAAUCUCUUGAACUGCCAGUCAGCAGUUGAGGGCCGACAACAGUUUCCUUGCACUGAGAAGAUGUCACUGCGUGAUUGCACCAAUAAAAUGGAUUCUGAUAUGUGGAACACAUACCAUUUGAUGAAUAAUCGAGCUAGAGCAGUUUGUUAUGCUGCACGUCACCAGCAAUUCCGCGCCCUUUCUGAAAUGACAGUCAACAGGCUCAUGAGAACAGCAAAUGAGCAGUUACAGACAAUGGAUUUAUUGAGAGAUGGUCAAACAAAACUUGAAUCUCUUACUAGUGGCACUUUGGAAUCAGUUUCAAAGGGUCAUCAAACAUUAUUAGCUGAACAAGAAAAGCUUCGAUCAACACAGCAAAGUGUCCAUGACUUUGUUGCCCUCAACUUACGAGAGUUGACAAGAGAAAAAGCACUCAUAGCUGCAGGACAGAGAGAACUAUCUUUGAUGACGAAAGAAGUUAAAGCCAAACUUGAUGAUGCAAGUCUUCAACUGUCUAAUCAUGCCUCUGAGCAUCAACAAAAUCACUUGCAAGUUUUAGCUGAUUUGGAAAAUCUUCAGCGCAAAGCAUUUGAAAUUUGGGAUCAUGUUGAUCACAGCACCAAGCAAAUCUUAAGUCAGCAUGCAGAGGCUGCUGAUGAUUUGGAGAAAAUGCUCAAUAACAUGGCUAAAAUUAAUUCCUCAAUUGAGUACCUCUUAAAAACUGUAGAAAGAACUCGCUCUGAGAUUGACGAAAGGCUUGGCUGGAUCAUCAAGUUUAUUACUGAAUCAGGCGACCAAUUAGAGUGGAUGCAGCAAUGUGUUGCUCACGGUCUCUUCCUUGUUCUUGGAAUGAUUGCAACAUCUUUCAUCCAAGCCCCAUCUGCAGUUCGUUGUGCUCUCAUUCUUCUAGUGCCUCUGAAUCUGGCCUUAACAUCAUAUGAGGGAGCUGAUGGAGCUCUUGAUUUCUCUGGCCUCACUCUUCUUUUAAUAUUGUUUAGUGGAGUUAACUGGCUCUUAAGCUCUAUUCAUGAGUGGUUCAUUGCCCAAGGCAAUUUCUCAAGGCUCGCACCUGUUAGUUAUGCUCCUCUUCAGAAUGGUACUAGUCUGAACGGUCAGGUCCCUACCCAAGGCGCCACUGAAGCCAGCAAUAAUCUUGGCUUUGUUGAUUCCUGCUUGCUGCAGCUAUCUUCUACUUACAAUAUUUCCAAAAAUAAAAUAUCUGAGACUUCAGCAAAACUUUCAUCAGUGCUGCAAAAUUUAAUCGGAAGGCGGAAAGAAGAGAGAACACCUGUUAAUGUGUCAAUUAUCAGCAAUGACGAGGUAGAUGAAGGAGAUAACAGUGACAAUGAGGGCUCUGUGGAACAAGAAAUACGUUUAUCUUCUCGAAGAUUACUGCCACAGGCAAGAUUGUAUAACACAUCAGUAUUGCGCUCCGAUUCACCUGCAAGUAGUCGCAGUUCUAGAAGUUUCACACCAUCCAGGUCAGGAAGAAACUACUGUCAGAGAUUUACUCUAAAUGGAAACCCUUGUAAAAAACUAGCAUUGCCUGACAUGGACACCUGUCAUACACACUCUCUCUCUUCACCCGCAAGAGGUUAAUUAUGAUCUCCAACUGAAAGGCAACGUACAGAAAAUUUCAUAUGUUUUUUGACUUUUUUUUUUAAGUGACUAACUUAGCGUGUUACAAUUUUUCUGAUGUGAUUAGAAGUUGGUUUUGUUGUGAUUUUUGAAUUCAUUUACUGGGCUAACAAUAGACUUAUUUAUAAUUGCACUAUUGGUGUUACUUCUUAAAAUAUAUUGUGAUGUUAUUGCAUUGUUGUCUUAACCAUUAGUCUUUUGAACCUACUUAGUUUCCUUAUGAAUGGUUACAUUGGCAUGCAGGUAUUCUAUGUUCCUUGUCCGCCUGUAGAUAUUUUGACUUUUAUUGAUUUUCAAUAAGCAGCUUCAUUUCCAUCUAACUAAGUUUGGAUUGCCUUUUGUACAUAAUGAAUUGUUUAAUUUUAUUGUUCCUAUGUAUUCCUACAUAAGUGGAAGUGGAAGCAAGGGAAACGCUCUCUUAUAUAGUUUUAGGUGCUUUUGAGGACCCAUAUGCAAAAUUUUUAGAAAACUUGUUAAUACAUACACAGUUUUAUCUCAAUUGUUUGCAAUUCUCUCUAGUCAAGAUACUGCAAUAGAGGACUUUUAAGUAGAACCAUAUUCCGAGUUGUAAGCUAUACUAUACCAAAGCUUCAAAGUGCAUUACUGUUUUCCUUCAGAGUCCAAAUUAAAAUCAACAACAAAGAAGAGACAGUUUUAUUGUACAGGUAUACAAUACAAACAGUUAAAACUGUACAGUUUUUUUUUUGUCAAGAAUCUGUAAUUUUAAGGAGAGUACUGCUAGCCUUCUAAAUAUUUUGAAAGCAUUGUCAUAACAUAGGCUUAAGGAAAGAGUUACCUGUUUUAAAAGUGUGCUGUGACGUAGCUAUCAAACUAGCUGUAUGUUUGAUCAUAAUGAUCAUUGGGGUUUGUGUGCUGGUUUUUUUUAGACCAAAGGGUAGAGAAGUUGGCAUCACGGUGAAGGAAAGACUAAAAAUUUGGGUCCAGUUGGUCACUGACACCAAAUCCCCUACCCUCUGGUACAAAAAAAGACUUCUGUAGUUAAGUUUCCAAAUGUGCAUAUCAUAUUGUAGAACGCAGGUAACAUUUUAAAUUUUUAAUAAGGUUUUUAAGGUACUAAUAUACUUCUUUUUAAUGACUGUGUCAAACAAAUUCAUAAAAUAUAAACAGCUGGUUGUUAAGAAAAAUCUGCAUACUGUUUUUCCUAUGGAGACUUUUUGGUAGGUAUCUAGUUUUAUGUGUUAUUUUAAAACCUCCAUGUACUCUGUAUUAAAAUGCCCUCUUGCUGUGAAGAUAAUUUAUUUUUAGCCUAGAUGACAUCUAAUGUUUCAUGCAAGUAUGUUUCAUGUUCUCGUUUUUAUUUUUGGUACAAAAUCUGUUUAAGCCAAGACUGCAAGAUAACAAUAAAUUUUUUCCUUGAAAAAUAA